AUGGCGAAUGUUAAAAAGAAACAAACUAGGGAAGAGAGGCUAGAAAAAAAACGUCAAACUGAAAAAUUACGCUACCAAAGAAUAAAAAACGAUCCGGUUAAAAAUGCCAAAUUAAAAGAAAAAGAAAGGCAGCAAUAUAAAAAGAAAAAAGAAAAGGGACAAAUUAAGAGCAUAAAUGAUAUGACUGAAAGGGAACAAAGGGCUGUUAGAAAAAUAUGGAGAGAGAAGACUAAAAAGCAUAGAGAUCGCGUAAAGAUACAAUCUACCAGAAACAAUCCACUAACACCACCUGCGUCUGAUAAUGAAGACCAACCUCCACUUCCACAAAACAAUAUCGCUCUGGCUGCUAAAAGGCGAUCAGAAAUUCAGCGGAAACUACGAAAUCAACUUAUAAAAAAACAAAAAUAUGAAAUUAAACAGUUGCGUCAAAAGGUACGCGACUGUCAAAAGAAACUACGGCGCAUCGGAAAACAGAAAAUGACUCCAAACUCAAAAGUGGCCGAUCUUUUACAGAAUAAUAGUAAAGAGAAUAUAGAAGAGGUGAAGAAAAAAUUAUUAUUUAGUGAGGUGAUCCAAAAUCAACUCAAAGAAAAUAUAAAUUUGACAACGAAUGAUAAUGAAAAGAAGAUAUUUAAAAAAGUAUUAAGUGGCAAAGUAGUCAAGAAGUAUAAAGUGUUGAACCAAAUUAAUAUGAAACCUAUAAGACAGUCAUCUACUGCAAAUAAAAGUUUGUUAGAUAUGACACGGAAGACAAGAAACGAUAAAACGAAUUCGAAGUUAGAGAAAAAAGUCGCAGAGUUUUUUGAAGAAGAUUGCAAUAGCAGAUUAUGCCCAGGUAAAAAAGAUAGCAUUACAAAAGGUAAAAUAAAAAGACAGAAGAGAUUAUUACAGGACACCAUGAAAAAUCUACACACCAAGUUUAUAAAUACAAAAAAUAUAAAGUUGAGUUACACACUGUUUUGCCGCCUACGACCUUUUUGGGUUGUAACCCCAAACAUCCACCAAAGAGAAACUUGUUUGUGUGUAACUCAUGCAAACAUGGAGCUAACCUUGGCUUCCCUAAAACAGGCAGACAUCAUAGAUUUUCCAAACUAUCAGAGCAUGCUUAAUUAUUUAUGUUGCGACCGAUACAAUGAAAAAUGUCUUAUGCGAGAAUGUCUUAACUGCAAUUCACGUUCCAUAUGUUAUCGUGAGUUCGACAAUUCUGUUUUGAUCAAAUACUCUUCAUGGCAAUGUAUUACAGAGGACAUUUUAGAUACUAAAACCAUGAAAAAACGCAGGGUUCGAAAAUAUAAGAAAAUAACGUUAAACUGUGCUCCAAAAGACAUUGUGAUGAAACUUGAAGAAAACCUUGAUAUUUUUUUAAAGCAUGAAGCGAAUAUAGUGCAUCAAUAUGAAACCAUUAAAAGACUAAAAGAUAACUUAACCGAAAAAGAUGCUGUGAUUCAUAUGGACUUUUCCGAAAAUUAUAAUACAAAAUAUUCUUCAGAAGUUCAAUCAUUCCAUUUUGGUGGGUCACGUACGCAAAUAAGUUUGCAUACUGUGGUCUUAUAUACCAAGGGAGAAACAAAAUGUUUCGCCACAAUGUCAGAAAACCUAAACCAUAAUGUACCUGUAAUCUGGGCUCAUCUAAAACCUGUCAUGAAACUCCUUCCGUCCUCGGUAGAAAACGUUCAUUUCUUAAGCGAUGGUCCUGUUACUCAGUACCGUAACAAAGAUAUGUUUUUUUACUUACUUUGUAAAUUGACUGAAACCUAUCCGAAUAUUUAUGAUUUUACCUGGAACUAUCAUGAAGCCGGUCAUGGUAAAGGAGCUCCAGAUGGUAUCGGAGGGACAUGUAAACGAACCGCUGACAAAAUUGUAGCUUUGGGAACUGACAUUGCUACGAUUGACGACUUUGCUACGGAAUUAAAUAAAUCUUGUCCCGGCAUUAAAAUUUUUGUGAUACCCGAAGAAGAAAUUGAUUUUCAAAAGAAGAUAAUGGAAGAUAAUCGACCAAACAUCAAACCUUUUACUGGUACACUAAAAGUACAUCAAGUACGAGGAAACUAUCUCCGCAAUACGUUAUACAUGAAGAGCCUCAGCUGCUUUUGUAGCAAUUUUUGUCCUCACUUUCACUUAGGCGACAUUAAAUACCCCCAAAAUAAAAAAAACAAAUUGGAUGUUGAUGCAGUAUACACCGAUUCUGAGGAAGAUGUGCAAAACAAAAUAGUUGCACAAACAUCUACUCAUGUGAUUAAUACUAUAGACAAUGCAGACACUGCUAUGACUGUCAAGAACGGAGAUUUUGUACUUGUGGAAUAUAAUAUUAAUAAUAAAAAAUAUAGAUAUGCUGGCAUCUCCAAUGAAGAUGCUACGUUUUUUAGAAUAAAUGACAAUGACGUGUCUGAUGUUAAAUGGGAACAGAUCUUGACCAUAUUACCAGUGCCAAAUAUACGUAUGAAGGGUAACAGAGUAUUCUACAAGUUUCCAAAGCCAGUUGAUGUGUUUGAAAAGUAA